GUCACGUAACCCAGCCUUCUCGGGCUCCACCACCGCCUCCUCCUUCCCAGCUCUUUUCCUCUCCUCCUCCUCCUGCUCCCCUCCGUUGUCUGUUCUUCCUUCCCGCACUCCCGGAGAUAGACGCUCAAGCCUGACGCCUCUGAAAAGGCAGCGACAGUCGCCUUAUCCACAGACCUCAGGAAAUUCGUUUUGACCGAUGCAUGCUUCAGGCUCAGGUCUCGAGCUAAGGGGAAUAACUGGGCAGAUUUCUGGGUCCUUAUUAAAGACAAAAUAAAACCAAAAUGCAUCAUCAACACACAACUGAUUGAUAUCCUGACAUUCUAGCUUGGCCUUGCAGAGGUGGAGAGAAAAGAAGAGCUGUUGUGAUUUCCACAUCUAACAGCUUCUGGCUAUUUCACAGCUUUUGGGUUUGAACCCUACUCUUUGGGAGGGAAAAAGAGAAGGAAAAUCCAGCCUGUGAGGUCAUGCCCAAGGAAUUCUUUGACUACAGUGGUGCUGGAAGUCCAUGACAUGCCAGAAGAAGCAGGCCUUUGAAACUAUACUGGGGUGGAUGAGCGGUGCUCUAAAGUCCAAGGAAUCACUUUCUCCCUUCUGGUUUGGGACCUCACGUCUGGAGAAGACAUUCACAAGCAUCCAAAGAUUCUGGGUCACUGGUGGCUCCUUGUACUUCCCCGAGAAGUGUUUACUUCUUACCUGACUCUAACUGCUUCCCUUUUGCCUGGUACCCCUGAUGGUACUUGGCAGAUGAUGAUUAUUUGAGGAGUGAAGCAUCUGUUGACCUCACUGAUGCCGUUGAACUAGUUCAUUGGACUUAGAUGGAUGAGUGAUCUCCCUUGACUUUCUGUUGACGCCUUUUCCAGAACGUUGCUUCCAAAGUGUAUCCUCCCUUUGGCCUGGAAGUUUUGCGGCUGCCCUGUACCACUGGGGUCUGCGUGUUCCAGUUGGAAGGGGACUAUAGGGAGAGAGGGAGGGGCUGCUGGAAGAGGAAGAAGAAAAAAAGAACUAGAUAGAGGAGGGUGCCACCCUCCCACUCCUGCCCAUCCCCCUAUCCUCCUUACUCCCAGACCCUCAUUUCUGCAUCACGGUGUCCAGGACGACUUUGACCCUGUCGGCCCCGGCACCCCCCCGCCGCACCCCAGCCCCGAGCAUGGGGACGGCGCUCCUCCAGCGCGGGGGCUGCUUUCUCCUGUGCCUCUCGCUGCUGCUCCUGGGCUGCUGGGCGGAGCUGGGCAGCGGGCUAGAGUUCCCGGGCGCAGAGGGCCAGUGGACACGGUUCCCCAAGUGGAACGCGUGCUGCGAGAGCGAAAUGAGCUUCCAGCUGAAGACGCGCAGCGCCCGCGGCCUCGUGCUCUACUUCGACGACGAGGGCUUCUGCGACUUCCUGGAGCUCAUCCUGACGCGGGGCGGCCGCCUGCAGCUCAGCUUCUCCAUCUUCUGCGCCGAGCCCGCCACGCUCCUGGCCGACACGCCGGUCAACGACGGCGCCUGGCACAGCGUGCUCAUCCGUCGUCAGUUCCGCAACACCACGCUUUUCAUCGACCAGGUGGAGGCCAAGUGGGUGGAGGUCAAGUCCAAGCGGAGGGACAUGACGGUGUUCAGCGGCCUCUUCGUCGGGGGGCUGCCCCCGGAACUGCGCGCCGCGGCGCUCAAGCUCACGUUGGCCUCGGUGAGGGAGCGAGAGCCAUUCAAAGGGUGGAUUCGGGACGUGAGGGUCAAUUCCACCCUGGCCCUGCCUGUGGACAGCGGUGAGGUGAAACUGGAUGACGAGCCACCCAACAGUGGUGGUGGGAGCCCCUGCGAGGCGGGCGAGGAGGGCGAGGGCGGGGUGUGCCUCAACGGAGGCGUGUGCUCUGUCGUGGACGACCAGGCGGUGUGCGACUGCUCACGAACCGGCUUCCACGGGAAGGACUGCAGCCAAGGAAAAGAAGAAUAUAUUGCCACUUUCAAGGGAUCUGAAUACUUCUGCUACGACUUGUCUCAAAACCCUAUUCAGAGCAGCAGUGACGAAAUAACUCUGUCCUUUAAAACCCUUCAAAGGAAUGGACUGAUGCUUCACACUGGGAAAUCAGCUGAUUAUGUCAAUCUUGCCCUGAAAAAUGGAGCUGUCUCUCUGGUCAUUAAUUUGGGAUCAGGGGCCUUUGAAGCACUAGUGGAGCCCGUGAAUGGAAAGUUUAAUGAUAAUGCCUGGCAUGAUGUGAAAGUCACCAGGAAUCUGCGUCAGCACUCAGGCAUUGGACACGCUAUGGUGACAAUAUCAGUGGAUGGGAUUCUUACCACAACGGGCUACACGCAAGAAGAUUAUACCAUGCUGGGGUCUGAUGACUUUUUCUAUGUUGGAGGCAGUCCCAGCACAGCAGACCUUCCAGGGUCACCAGUCAGUAACAACUUUAUGGGCUGUCUCAAAGAGGUUGUGUAUAAAAACAAUGAUGUAAGGCUGGAAUUAUCUCGACUCGCCAAGCAAGGGGACCCUAAGAUGAAGAUCCAUGGAGUAGUGGCAUUUAAAUGUGAGAAUGUUGCAACUUUGGACCCAAUCACCUUUGAAACCCCAGAGUCUUUCAUCUCUUUGCCUAAAUGGAAUGCAAAGAAAACAGGCUCCAUAUCAUUUGAUUUCCGCACAACAGAGCCAAAUGGACUCAUCUUAUUUAGCCACGGCAAGCCACGACACCAAAAAGAUGCCAAGCACCCACAGAUGAUAAAGGUUGACUUCUUUGCUAUUGAGAUGCUGGAUGGCCACCUCUACCUCCUCCUGGACAUGGGGUCAGGUACAAUAAAAAUCAGAGCCCUGCAGAAGAAGGUGAAUGAUGGAGAAUGGUAUCAUGUGGACUUCCAGAGAGACGGCCGGUCAGGUACCAUUUCUGUCAACACGCUGCGCACACCCUACACUGCUCCCGGCGAAAGCGAGAUUCUGGACCUGGACGAUGAGCUGUACCUGGGGGGCUUGCCAGAAAAUAAGGCCGGCCUCAUCUUCCCCACUGAGGUGUGGACUGCUCUGCUCAACUAUGGCUACGUGGGCUGCAUCAGAGAUCUGUUCAUUGACGGCCAGAGCAAAGAUAUCCGGCAAAUGGCUGAAGUUCAAAGUACUGCUGGAGUGAAGCCCUCCUGCUCAAGGGAAACAGCAAAACCGUGCCUUAGUAACCCUUGCAAAAACAAUGGCAUGUGCAGGGAUGGGUGGAACAGAUAUGUCUGCGAUUGUUCCGGAACAGGCUAUCUUGGCAGGUCCUGUGAGAGAGAGGCGACAGUUUUGAGCUAUGAUGGGAGCAUGUUUAUGAAAAUCCAGCUCCCCGUGGUUAUGCACACAGAGGCUGAGGAUGUGUCCUUACGGUUUCGAUCCCAGCGUGCAUAUGGCAUUCUCAUGGCAACCACCUCGAGAGACUCGGCAGACACCCUCCGCCUGGAGUUGGACGCAGGGCGUGUGAAACUGACGGUCAACCUAGAUUGUAUCAGGAUUAACUGUAAUUCCAGCAAAGGUCCCGAGACCCUUUUUGCCGGCUAUAACCUCAAUGAUAAUGAAUGGCACACAGUGCGUGUGGUUCGUCGAGGAAAAAGUUUAAAGUUAACGGUGGAUGACCAACAAGCCAUGACAGGUCAAAUGGCAGGUGAUCACACCAGGCUGGAGUUUCAUAACAUAGAGACUGGCAUCAUCACAGAACGACGGUAUCUGUCUUCUGUCCCCUCCAACUUCAUUGGGCACCUUCAGAGCCUGACAUUUAAUGGAAUGGCAUACAUUGACUUGUGUAAAAAUGGCGACAUAGAUUACUGUGAGCUAAAUGCCAGAUUUGGCUUUCGGAACAUCAUAGCAGACCCUGUCACCUUCAAGACCAAAUCGAGCUAUGUUGCCUUAGCUACAUUGCAAGCCUACACUUCUAUGCAUCUUUUUUUCCAGUUCAAGACAACAUCCCUAGAUGGACUAAUUCUCUAUAACAGUGGGGAUGGAAAUGACUUUAUUGUGGUUGAAUUAGUUAAAGGGUACUUACAUUACGUGUUUGAUUUGGGAAAUGGUGCUAACCUCAUCAAAGGGAGCUCAAAUAAACCUCUCAAUGACAAUCAGUGGCACAACGUGAUGAUAUCAAGGGACACCAGCAAUCUCCACACUGUAAAGAUUGACACGAAAAUCACAACACAAAUCACCGCAGGAGCCAGGAACUUGGACCUCAAGAGUGACUUGUAUAUAGGAGGAGUGGCAAAAGAAACAUACAAAUCCUUGCCGAAACUUGUCCAUGCCAAGGAGGGCUUUCAAGGCUGCUUGGCAUCAGUUGAUUUAAAUGGACGGCUUCCAGACCUCAUCUCAGAUGCCCUUUUCUGCAAUGGACAGAUUGAGAGAGGAUGUGAAGGGCCCAGCACAACCUGCCAAGAGGACUCAUGUUCCAAUCAGGGUGUGUGCUUGCAGCAGUGGGAUGGCUUCAGCUGUGACUGUAGUAUGACUUCCUUCAGUGGGCCACUCUGCAAUGACCCUGGGACAACAUAUAUCUUUAGCAAAGGUGGUGGACAAAUCACGUAUAAGUGGCCUCCUAAUGACCGGCCAAGUACACGAGCAGACAGAUUGGCCAUAGGGUUUAGCACUGUUCAGAAAGAAGCUGUAUUGGUGCGAGUGGACAGUUCAUCUGGCCUGGGGGACUACCUAGAGCUGCAUAUACACCAAGGGAAAAUUGGAGUUAAAUUUAAUGUUGGGACAGAUGACAUCGCCAUCGAAGAGUCCAAUGCAAUCAUUAACGAUGGGAAAUACCAUGUAGUCCGUUUCACGAGGAGUGGUGGCAAUGCCACAUUACAGGUGGACAGCUGGCCAGUGAUCGAGCGCUACCCUGCAGGAAACAAUGAUAACGAGCGCCUGGCGAUUGCUAGACAGCGAAUUCCAUAUCGACUUGGUCGAGUAGUUGAUGAAUGGCUACUCGACAAAGGGCGUCAGCUCACAAUCUUCAAUAGCCAAGCAACCAUAAUAAUUGGCGGGAAAGAGCAGGGCCAGCCCUUCCAGGGCCAGCUCUCUGGGCUUUACUACAAUGGCUUGAAAGUUCUGAAUAUGGCAGCCGAAAAUGAUGCCAACAUCGCCAUAGUGGGGAAUGUGAGACUGGUUGGUGAAGUGCCUUCCUCUAUGACAACUGAGUCGACAGCCACUGCCAUGCAGUCAGAGAUGUCCACAUCAAUCAUGGAGACUACCACGACCCUGGCCACUAGCACAGCCAGGAGAGGAAAGCCCCCCACAAAAGAACCCAUUAGCCAGACCACAGAUGACAUCCUGGUGGCCUCAGCGGAGUGUCCCAGUGAUGAUGAGGACAUUGACCCCUGUGAGCCGAGCUCAGGUGGGUUAGCCAACCCAACCCGAGCAGGGGGUAGAGAGCCAUACCCAGGCCCAGCAGAAGUGAUUCGGGAGUCCAGCAGCACCACAGGCAUGGUGGUAGGGAUAGUGGCCGCCGCCGCCCUGUGCAUCCUCAUUCUCCUUUAUGCCAUGUACAAGUACAGAAACCGGGAUGAAGGCUCAUACCACGUGGAUGAGAGUCGAAACUACAUCAGUAACUCAGCACAGUCCAAUGGGGCUGUUGUAAAGGAGAAACAACCCAGCAGUGCGAAAAGCGCCAACAAAAAUAAGAAAAACAAGGAUAAAGAGUAUUACGUCUGAUUCCAAGAUCUUAAAAGGACCGUGUAUAGAAAUAGUCUUCAUUUUAUCUGAGACAUAAUAUAAACUUAUUUACUUUCCUUUUUAUGAAGCACACACAAAAGAAGACAGGGAAUGCAAUCAGGAAGGAAAGACUGUUUUUAAAAAAUAAAAACAAGUAUCUCAUGCUCUUGUUUCUCCAAAAAAGAAAAUAAAAAAGCAGGGGCCAAUAAAUUCCCUAACAUCCACAGUGUUUUCAUUUACUCUGCCUGUCUUUAUGUUGCUGGAACAUUUCUAAAAGACAGUGAUGACCGCACGCAUUCAUAAAGCAAAGGAGUAUUACAACAUCAAGGCACAACACAAAAACAACCCAAAACACAACACACACACAAAAAAAAGAAGCUACCUAUGAUCCUGGAUUUAGCCAAAGUGCUAGCGCUUUCCUGACAAGUCAGAUAGUCCUAUUGCCAGAGAAGACUAUGUCAUUUUGAGUGACUCGACCUGCAAAUCUAUAAGAGUUUGCUGCCUGGCGCAAGUGGAGCAGUGGUUGGAACUUGUAUUUGAAACAAAGUGCUGGCUUUUUUGAAGACUUGUGUAGGAACACAUUCAAAAAGCCCCUUUCUGAUUGUGAGGGAAAAAAAAAAGUAUGGCGGCCUUAUUUUCAAAACAAUGUGAAAUAUAAGGCACAUUUUCACACUAAAAUUUCAGAACAAAAACAAGAGGGCAUAGAUGCAAUCAUUGGAAAAUUUUCAUGCACGCUUAAUAUGUUAUUACAUAUGUUUAUAUAAAAUCCAUCUCUGUGUGCUUUCUGGACUGUGGUAAGUGACGUUUUAUAGCCUGUUGUAUAGAAAAUGCAAAAUAUAUCUCUGCUCUUCAGCCAUUUUUGGUAAAUUCAAUGUUAUAAGUGUUGCUAAGUAUAGGGAGUUUUAUGACGUCAGAGCAACAAUUAUUUCAGGGUUUUGUUUUACUUUGUUUUGUUUUUUUGCCAUCAUAAUAAAUUGCCACAAUUACUUACUUUUUUAAAAUAAAGUUACAAUGUAGUGUUUAUUCCAAGAAAGAUAUGUAUGAAUGUAUAUAAAAAGAUUCAGCUACAUUUUUUCUUACAUGUACAGCCUUCAUUCUGUUACAAUUGAGUUUUAGUAUUUGUAUGAAAGGUGUGAAUUAGAAGGUAAAAUAUAUACAUAUGUAUCUUAAUAAUCUUUUUCCCCCAAAAUACUCACAUUCCCCACAUACAUUCACUAUUCACAGUCACAGAUGCACACACACACACACACACAAAUCCAGAGUAAUCCAUCAGAUCUGAUGAAAGACUCAAACAUAUAUAUGCUAACAAAUAUUUACUAACAAAUUGAAAAGCAGGAAGGAAGACAGUUGUGCCAAGGUAUUGAUGUCAAAUGGAGUGAUUUGCUUCAUCGAGAUCAUGCUCCCAAGAAAUUCCCAGAAGAUUUUAGUCCCUAAUAAAAUGGAACCUUUUCUUAUCAGAUAGAAUAUUAAUGAUAUCUUGCUACAUGAAUACGAACCAUUAUGUGGGGAGGUUACAGAGCAAAAUUGGUUGAUAUACAUCUUAACCCUGGUUGCUGCAAUUGAAAACUUUGUUUCCAAUAAAAUUAUUUCUUUUUUCUCUGAACCUAAUGUGCAUGAUAAACAUUUUGGAAAGUAAACACUUUCUCAGCUAAGAAAGUAUUUUCAAUAAUUUUUGAUUCUGUAUUACUAUCUUUUUAAAAACCAUUCUUUAUUUGUUGAUUAUUGACUAUAUUUUAACUUUUGUGGUUUUACAUCUAUAUCAUUAAAGGUUCUAAUUUAACACACAAAUAGUAGGAAAGUAUAGAUUAUACACUUGUUUUGCAUAUUGUUUCAAUGAUGUUCAUAGCAAUAAAUUAUCAACAUGAGAAGGUAAUGCAAAGGAAAUGCAUUAUGAGAUUGGAAGGUGAUGCCUCAGUAUAAAUUGAUUGCAUUAUUUUAACAUCUCCUAAAAUGAUAUUAGAUGUCAUAGGAGAGAAGAAUACCUUUACAAUUAGCUUUAAUCAGCAAAGGCAAAAAAAAAAAAAUGCAAAACGUUUUUUGUAAUACUUCAAUUGAUUAAAAAUAAAGCCAAGAAGCGGCCUGGAUUUCAGACAUACAGCACCUUAGAAACAUGUACAAUUCAUAGCAAAUCACCACUAUCUCUGGUUGCCAAGAAAUUGUUGUAUAUGAAAAGUUUUAAAGACUUUUCACGAUCUAGAAAGUAGAGGUAUAAAACUAAAAUUUAAUAUCUGUAACUUACUUAUAUUUCAAGUUUUUAAAAAAAUUUGCUCAGUUAAAAAAUUCAUGUCUUUCCCCCACCCCCUCUCAUUCAGUCUUACUCAGGGAAAGCCAGUGAAAUAAGAAGGUUAAUAUAAAACCACUAAUUCACAUCCUGAGGUUAUAAAAAUUAGUUGCUUUUCCAUUUGAUCUACGCAACUUGACCUAGUUUCCAUCUGGAAAGAAUCUAAAAUCUGAUAGAAAAUAAAUAAUGGUAUCAUUGACCAUACAUCCAUGAAGUGUGUUGUCUGGGAUUGAUUUCAAUAUUUCUUUCCAACAUAAACUGUAAAAUUCCAUAUAAUGAUAUAAUCUAAUAUUGUCAGUAAAAACAUUGCUAAUGUUAUUGGCCUACUCAAAGUCUAGCAAUUUUUUUCUUCUUUCUUUUAAAAUGGAGAAGGAAAAGAGAGGAACAUGAGCUAGGGAGAGAAAAAGACGUGAAUAAAAUCCCGAUUAUCUUCAUACCAAAAGUAUCAGGGUUCCACGCAUAGUUUGCAGUUAAUAGAGGAUUUCACACUACCUGGCAUAAAUUUGAUUACAUCUCUAGACUGUAACUUUUCUGGUCAACUCUGCUUCUUUUUUAUUCAUGUAAUGUGUUGCCUUUUUUAAAAACAAAACAACAAAUACUACAAUAAUGUGUGAUGUGGUCAAUCCCUAAAACAUCAAAGAAUGGCCACAUGACCCUCCCCUUCUAGUGCUCUGUGUGACUGGGUAUCUAAGGGUUUGUUUUGUUUCGUUUUUCUGUUGCAAGGCCAAUUUAUCCAUUAUUGGAAAUGCUAAGC